UUGAAGGAAUAUCGCAAUUUGAAGGAAUGUAAAAGGAAAAGGAGAGGAAAUUAACAUGGAGGCUACUCAAGCAAUUCUCUACGAACUCAACUUACGGAAAUCCGAUGUAAUGGUCAAUUCCACGGGGUCAAAUAAUGAAACAGAUUUAUCACUAAAAUGCCCGGAAGACGGGAAACAUCAGUCUGGCACGGCGGCACACCAACUUGCCGAUGACGAAUGUGAUAUAAUCGGGACACUGAUAGGCGAUUACGGCAGAUGGCAGUUUCUUAUGACCCUAUUAUUAGCUUUAUUUCAAGUUCCAAAUACAUUUCACAUUUAUUCGCCGACGUUUCAGGCAGCCGAUAAGGUUUAUUGGUGCAAAAGGCCCGAACGUUUUUCCAACUAUUCCAUAGCAGAAUGGAUAAAAUACUCAAAUUCAUCAAGUAAUUGCAGCAUGUAUGACCUGAAUUACGAUCAUCUAGUCGACGAACAACAGAGAUUACAAAGUGGCAUGAUUUCCUGCACGGACUGGGAAUUCAAAGAGGAUGAUCUCGGCAACACGUGGACGUCACAAUGGAAACUCGUGUGCGACAAGGAAUGGCUGAAAAAUGUCGCGGAAAUGUUUUUCUUGGUAGGUGUUGCGUCGGGCGGCAUCGUAAGUGGCGUCUUGUCGGACAAAUUUGGAAGGAAACGUCUUUUGUUUAUUUCAGCAGUAUUACAAACGUUUUUUGGCUUGGCACUGUAUUUUGCCGAUUCCUUUGAACUUUAUCUCUGUCUGAGAGCAUUGCUGGGUCUCGUUUCCGUGUCUGUCACAUAUGCCGGUCUAAUAUUGGCAAUGGAGUUUGUCGAUGGCAAGUGGCAAACGAUCGCUGGCAUGUACAAUUUAUUCCCAUUACCUGUUUCUUACAUCAUGAUAUCUGGAAUUGCUUAUCUAACGCAAGACUAUCAAUAUCUUCAGUUAUGCAUUGGCUUGCCGGGUGUUUUCUUGUGUCUGUUAUGGUUCGUCAUUCCCGAAUCACCGAGAUGGUUGCUCAUCAAGGGAAAAACCGCAGAAGUGAAGAAAAUCGUAAAACAAGCUGCUGCUAUGAACAAACGCGAGUUACCGGAAGACCUGGAUAUGCUAUUGCAACCGCCAGUUGUGGAGGAAUCCAAUGCCGAGGUCUCGGAACUCUUUAAAUCGAAAUAUUUGCGACUCAUUACGUUUUGUUUUCUGUGCAUUUGGUUCACCAUGAACUUAGUCUACUACGGAUUAGUAUUAAACAUGAAUGCAUUAGGUGGCAACAUUUAUUUGAAUUCGACUUUAGCUGGUCUGGUCGAACUUCCUGCGAUCGCGCUUGCCAUGUACAUUAUCGGAAAAACAGGCAAGAAAUGGCUAUUUUGCGGAACAUUGAUGACAGCAGGUCUGGCGUGUUUAGGAGCUGCCAUAAUGGAGGGAAACGACGAAAUGCUUUCGGUCAAAUUAACUUUCGUCAUGAUUGGAAAAUUCACAAUUAGUGCUGGUAACACUAUAAUGCCAGUUUACACGGCAGAACUUUAUCCCACUGCCAUUCGGAAUAUCGGUGUGGGAGCUUGCAACGUUUCUGCUGGAUUUGCGCUCAUUUUAACACCUUAUUUGUCGAUGUUGACGAGAAUCCAGGUAUACUUAUUUAUGGCAAUUCUCACUGCUUGGUGUUGGUUCGGUGCUAUUGUCGUAAUGUUUUUACCGGAAAAUCGCAUAAUUCCUGCCACAGAUUUAGAUCGAAGAAGAUAAGAUAAUAGGCAACAACCCAAAAUUAACAAUUUAUGCUAUUUUAAACAAUUCGUGGAAUAAUAUGAUUGAAAAUUUCUUAAUUUGAGGGACGAAAUCGAAUCCUUUCCUUAUAUCGGAAGAAACAAAAAAUAUUAAAUUACCUGCGAAAUUGUCACAAAAUUAUUAAAAUCGGCGAUAUGAAAAUUCGUAACAUGAAAAAAAUGUAGAACUUCAAUGAAUGAAUGUUUAAAAAAAUAUAUGUAAUAACUACAUUACAGCCGUAUUAUAGUUAU